UUUCUACAAAUUUUUAUUUGUUUUCUGUUUAAAUUACUAUCAAAUUUUAAUAAAUUCUUGUAUAAUAUAGAUAUUUUCGUAUCUAUACUGAUAGAUAAACAUCAUUUACUGCAAUAUUUAUAUUAUAUUAAUUGAUCAAUAACUAUAUUAUAUAAUAUCAUAUUUAAAUAUUUACUGUACACACUUAAAUAAUUUUAAAUCAUGUUAAAAAUUUUAAGAAAUCAAUGUUCUCCUUUCAUUGUACAAAUGCACUACCUAUCUGGGAAAGUAGUAAACAAACAGUUCAUGAAAAAAACAAAACCUAUACUACUUUAUAAAGCCAAAUCAAACUCUUGCUCACUUAUUCAAAAUCGCAGUUUUGCUGGCACGUCUCCACCAUUAAUUACAGAUAUUAAUUAUGAAAAAUUGAAAGAUUUUAUCAACCAAAAUGAUGUAUUAAUUAUUGAUGUACGUACUAAAGAAGAAUUAGCUGCCACAGGAGUUUUACCAAAUAGCUAUAAUAUUCCACUCGAUGAGUUAAAUACUGCAUUUGAAUCUGCACCUGAAAAAUUCUUAGAAAAGUACAAUAUUCAUAAACCAGAUAAAGAUCAAAAAAUUGUUUUUUCUUGCGCUAAAGGAAUAAGGAGUUUAAAAGCAUGCCGUUAUGUUGCAGACUUGGGUUAUAAAAAUCUUUUCAAUUAUACCGAAGGAUGGUUUGGAUGGGAGUCACACAAAUGAAAAAAUAUAUAUGUACCAUUUAUAUUUUUAUUAGUCAGUACUCAGUGUAUGUCCUAAUAGCAAGUAGACUGUUAUCGUUUUAA